UCAUUAGUGGUCAGACAGAUCCUAACACAACAGUUACAGACAACAAACGACUGAAUUUAUUACUAAUUCAGUCGACAGUCUCAAGAAGAUGUUUGAAGAUCAACAACUACUGACUACAAGCGCCACAACAACAACAUCACCGGUGAAAGGCAUACCUGGCUUUUGGAUUAAAGCCAUGAAAACUGUUGAUCACAUCCAUCAAUGGAUAGAACCGCGAGACGAACCCGUACUCCAACAUCUGACUGAUAUCAGUAUCCGUUUUGUUGACAAACUCUUUAAAAUUGAUAUCAUCUUUAAGUUUGAAGACAACGAAUACUUUGGAAACCAAGAGCUGACAAAAACCUAUUUUGUGUCAUUCGAACCAAAUGAAGACAAUCCGUGGCAACAACACGACGGCUAUUAUCCGAUUGCACGAAACGGUUGUCGUAUAGACUGGAAAACUGAUCGCAAUAUUACUGAACGGCAGAUGAAAGUCAAGGGCGUAAAGAAUGAAACAUCAAGUGUUGGCAACAAAAGUCAUAUAAAGUUAGUGUCGAUUUUUGACUUAUUUGAUAACCAAUUGCUUCAGAGAUCGCCCAACGAUGACAUUGAUGUCGAAGAAUUUCUUGAAGACGACUGGAGUCUCUCUCGGGUACUCAUCAAACACUUUGUGCCCAACGCUGUCCUCUAUCUUACCGGUGAACUACAUCUGCACGACAAACAAUUGGCUAAAGACAUGGAUGCAAUCGAUGAAGUGAUGGCCAACUAUAAUGAUAAUGACUGA